AGCCCACAGAGGCUAGCUGAUGUGGGAGAGGGUUAGCAGCCUGCGGUCCCAGAGCCUGGGCUGGCCUGGGGUCCAGACUGGGCGAAGGGAUCUGCUAGCUUCAAGGUUGUGGGAGGUCCCAGCCACUGAAAGCAGGAGGACAGCUUUUGGAGAGAGAGCUGAGGUCUCCAUCAGUUUCUCCAUAGAGCUGCUUCCUGCACAGUCCUCUCCCAUAGAGAUGGGUUCAGCAGGUUUAUCAGGCUUGACCCGGGGGUGGAGGAGCUCACUUGGCUCUCUUUAGAGCCAGCUGCUGAUGGCCAGGGCAGCCUGUGCUUCUGACACAGCUGAGUUUCUUCAUACCUGAGCAACCUGGCUCCAUCCGUCCAGCCAAAUCCACGUAAGUCUCCUUAAGUACCCUGGGAGGAGCAUGCAGCUCUGCCAGGUAGGUGGCAAGCUCUUGAGAUCCUGGCUGGUCCAUGGGCUCCCUCUGGCUGGCCUCACAUCGGCAUCCCAGGCUGGAAAGUGCUUAAUGCAAGCAAUGCUGGUAGCUCUGCUCUCCAAGCUGCACAAUGGUGGUCGCAGAGCCUUACUGGGCAUGCUGCCCCCGCCUCACCAUGGCUUGGGUUUGCCUGGCUAAGCCUUGCCUGAGCCCCUCUCUUGUGCGGGGGCACUUGCUGGUCCCAUUCCUCAGUGACAUUUAUUAGAGUCCAGGAAGGCUGUUGGAGGGCUGCUGCAAGCAAAUGUGCUGACUCUUGGUGUGGGACAAGUGUCGGUGGUGCCAACAAUGCCCUGCCACUGCCCUGGGGCCAGUGCACCUUCUGGGAUAUGACGCCGCUUCUCUGCCAGGAUGCUAGCUCACUGCUGGUUUUAUUCUGCUCCCUGAGUGCAUUCACCUCAACUCCCGCUGGGGCCGGGUUAUUUCUGAAGCUCUCCAAGGACGUGGGUUGCUGUUGCCGAUAAGCAGAAAUGGGCAGCUCCGCCCCAGCAGGGACGUUUCGUCAGCUGGCUUCAACAUCCGCCCCAGAAAACAUCUUCCUUUCUGGAGGAGUUCUGCUCCUGCAAAUUCACCGCAGGCCCGGUCGUGGGACCCAUGAUGCUGUUCUUGCGCAGGGUGACAGUCUACGCAGUGCUGGGGCUGGGGUCCCUGCUGGUGGGGGUGCUCCCCCAGCCCUGCCCUCCGUCCUGCCAGUGCUACGACGUCUCCAAAGUCUUCUGCUCCGAGGAGAGGAUGCGGGAGAUCCCCGCGGGCCUCCCGGGGAACGCCACCCAGCUCUUCUUCGUGGAGACGGCCCUGAGCAGCCUCCGCAGCGAGGCCCUGGGCUCCAGCACCACCCUCACCAAGCUGGUUUUCCUCAACAACAACAUCCAGGUGCUGGAGGCUGGCACAUUUCAGGGGCUGCCCAACCUCAUGGAGCUGGAGGUCUCGGGCAACCCGCUGUCGGCCGUCAGCCCCGGGCUUUUGGCCGGCCUGCCCAGCCUCAGCAAGCUCUCCCUGAGCUCCAAUGCCAUUCGCUCCCUGGAGCCAGGGCUCUUCAGCACCGCGGGUUCCCUGCAGGACCUGCGUUUGCGGAGGAACAAGAUCGAGGUGCUGCCCCCCGAGAUCUUCCACCCACUCCGGCACCUCCAGACCCUGGACCUCUCCCAGAAUGCCGUGGCCGAGCUGCCACCGGGGGUCUUCCCCCCCCUCGCCUCCCUCCGUGUCCUGAAGCUGAGUGACAACCUGCUGGCCCGGGUGCCACCCGGAGCCUUCCGCAGCCUGGGGCGCCUCAGCGAGCUCCACCUGGACGGCAACCGGCUGACGGAGCUGCCGCGCAGCACCUUCGCCGGCCUUGGGAGGCUGCGGCGGCUGCAGCUGCAGCACAACGCCUUGGGCAGCCUGCACCCCGCCGUCUUCUCCUGCCUCCCCAACCUCACCUCCCUCAGCCUGGAGGGCAACCGCCUCGCCACCCUGCCGGCUGCCCUCUUCCAGGGCACCCCACGGCUCCUCGACCUCUCGGUGGCCCGUAACCGCCUGGAGACGGUGCCCGAGGGAGUCUUCGCCAACCUCUCGGAGGUGCAGACUCUCACGCUGUCGCACAAUGGCCUGGCGCGCCUCCCUGCUGGGGCUUUCCGGGGGCUCUCCAGCCUCGCGGCGCUGCGGCUGAGCCACAACAACCUCUCCAGCCUGGCACCGGGCCUCUUCGCAGGGCUGGCCAACCUGGCGGUGCUGGCGCUGGAGCACAACCGCCUGCCGCGGCUGCCUCCGGGGCUCUUCGACGCCAACGACGAGCUGGUGCACGUGGGGCUGGCGGGCAACCCCUGGGUGUGCGACUGCCGCCUCGCCUACCUCCUGGGCUGGCUGCGGGGCUUCGCCGACCCCCUGGCCCAUGCGCCAGCCUCCUGCGCCCAGCCGGCUCCCCUCCAGGGACGGUCCCUCCUGGAGGCAGUGGGGCAGCGGCUGCCGUGCCGGGGCGAGCUGGCGCUGGAGGAGGAGGAGGAGGCAGCGGGGCAGUGCUCCUACAGCGAUGCCGAGGGCAACGCGCGCCUGGCCUGUGAUGCUGCAGGCUGCCGGCAGCUCAGCCUGCGCCUGCCCGGGGCCGCGGGGCCGGGGCUGCCCUACCGGGGCGCCUGGGUGCUGCGCUCCAGCUGCGGCGCACUGCACAUCAGCGUCAGCAUCGCAGUGCGCAGCAAGGACGGGGCUGCGGCCCCCGCCGGUCCCCCGGCUCCCUGACGGCUCGGGUGCCCACCCAGCUCUGCUCCACCUGGGCUGGCUGCUGUGGCUUCGAAACCUGCCUGAGAAGUGCUGCUGCAUCCCUCCCGAUCUCCCCUGCUGCUGUCGCCAAAUGUGAGAGCUGGACUGGCGGUAUUUAUUCUCGCAGCCAGAUGUUUCCUCUGUAUUUCAAGCAUCAUUAAAUUGUAUAUAUGUACUUCUGUG